UGUUGUUUUCUCCAUCUUAUUAUGCCAUCACCCAUUCCUCUUAAUUGUUUUCUUCCUUUGGAGUUUUCCCCAUCUGCGGAUUUGCGACCCUGCAGCAGCCCCUUAGUUAUCCCUGGCAAAGACUGCAAAAACUGCUUGGGGGGAACUCCUUCAGUCAGGACUCGCCGCUUGCCUCCACGCCUGGCCUGGUGCUCCAUUGACUGGGAUCGGCUCUGCCUUCUGCAGCCCCUAGGCUCUGGGGGCUUUGGUUCUGUCUACAAAGCCACCUACCAUGGUGCAACUGUGGCUGUGAAGCAGGUGAAGAAAAGCAGCAAAAACCGGCUGGCAUCACGACAGAGCUUCUGGGCUGAGCUGAACGUAGCCCGGCUACAGCACAAUAAUGUGGUACGUGUGGUGGCUGCCAGCACGUGUGCCCCGGCCAGCCAGAACAGCCUGGGCACCAUCAUUAUGGAGUAUGUGGGCAACAUCACCCUGCACCAUGUAAUUUAUGGCACUGGCGACGUGUGGAGACAGGGUGAGGAUGAUGAAGGAGGAUGUGGAAGGAAGGCCCUGAGCAUGGAAGAGACUGUGUGCUAUUCUUGUGACAUUAUGACUGGAUUAGCCUUUCUUCACUCACAGGGCAUUGUGCACUUGGACCUGAAGCCUGCAAACAUCUUCAUCACUGAGCAGGGAGUGUGCAAGAUUGGAGACUUUGGGUGCUCCCAGAAACUGGAGGAGGGCUUGUCCCAGAGUCCCCAUGUUUGCCAGCAAGGGGGCACGUACACGCACCGUGCCCCUGAGCUCCUCAAGGGGGAGAGGGUCACUGCCAAAGCAGACAUCUACUCGUUUGCUAUCACCCUCUGGCAAAUUGUCAUGCGAGAGCAGCCCUACCUGGGUGAGCGGCAGUACGUGCUCUAUGCUGUGGUAGCCUAUAACUUACGCCCUUCGCUGGCUGCCGCUGUUUUCCACGAGUCACCAGUGGGCCAGAGACUCCAGAGCAUUAUCAGCUGCUGCUGGAAGGCUAAUGUAGAGGAGCGCCUGAGCGCAGCCCAGCUGCUUCCCAGCCUCAGGGCCCUCAAGGGGAGCCUCUAGGAAAAGUCAGGACUUGCACCAUUUCUUUUAUUGUCGACAUUUCUUUUAUUGUUGACUUUUCUUUCCCUCCGCCUUUCCUCUGAACAUAAUGAAUUUAGCCCCUGUGUGAUCUAAAGGCUUUGUUGCUGUUUUUUAUACUAAAAAAAAAAAAAAAUAAACUGUUUUGAUAUAAGAAGAUUAUAAAUAAAGAGAUUUAACAAAACUGUGGGUUUUUACCGUGGGAGGUGAUAGAGGCGAGGAUCAAGACGUUGGCAAAUAUGACUUUUUCUGGUUGAUCAGUUGUGUGCUGCCUUGCUCAGGGAGAAAUUGGGGAAUGUGAUGUGCAGAAAAAUAGUUGUUUUCAAAUAAGCGAAGUACAAAAGGGCUGCUUUUGGAAGGUUCUUUAUAUGUAAUACCUUUUGGUAUUUCCAAAAUGUCAGAUAUGAGUAGUUCUUUACACUAGCUAGAUUUGUGCAUUUGAGCUUUUCCUCUUCAUUUAGCAAGGAAUGAAUAUGCAUCACAAAUCAAUGAAUGCAGAAAAAUAAAUAGUAUCCAUGGGGGUUUUUUCUUGUUCUUAGAUGUACUUAAUUUCAGUAAGUAUGCUGUUUCUGAAAUGGAAAGUGUGAACUACCUAACCUCCCCACUGAAAUAACGAAUGUUUUUGUCAGUUUAAGGCUAUUAAGAGUAAGAAGAUACAUUAACAACCUGUCCUUUUAUAUGACCUCCAUGCUACCAGGUGUGUCAGUUGCAACUUGCUAGUUGGUAUAUUGUAAACUUUAGUAUCUGAAGUAUUAUAAGAGCAUCUUGUGUGGAAUAGAAAGUUCCCAGGUUUUGGAGGUACAGGGGGAGUUUAAAAAAAAAAAAAUUGGGAAAACAUGGAGGGAGAUGUAUAGAUACAAAAACCUCAUAAAUCAGGAUAAGGGGGGAUUACUUGCCCUUUGUAAUGCAUGGGUCAGUAUGAGACAAGAUACUGGAAGUACUGAAAGGGAAGAUCAUUUAAAGCAGUAAUAAUGAUACUCUGCCGGUGCUCAGAGCAUAUACUACUGAACUAUCCUCUGUGCUGCUUAUGUCUUACCUACUAUCUUUCCUAAUCUGGUUGCAAUGUGUUUGGGAAAGGAAGUGCUGUAGGCAAUGCCAAAGACAAAGAGCUCUGAUCCCUGAUGUAUCAGAACUGAUAAUUAUUGAUCUGUCAAGAUCUCAACCCUUAUCUGGAGCUACGAAGAUAUGACUGCUGUAGCUGAUACUGCCAUUCUGCUCAAAGACUCCACUUCUUUUUAAGACAAGAGUGAUGUUUCAGUUAAAUUGUUUUUCUUCUUUCCCCUUCCUCCCCCUUGCUUUCAUUCUGGAAAAAAAUCCCGAAGGAAUUGAGCCAGUUUCCUGGUUUCUGACACACAUCUGUUCUUAGCCCCGUGAAAUCCUGGAAAUGAGCAACUAUGUGAAUUUGAGAUGAUUCUGUAGGUCUUUAUGGUAUUUGGGUUGGUCAUUGAAAUUAAUAGUUUAUAAAGCAUAUCUAAGCUUAACUAUUUCUUGCUCUUCUGUCCCUCUUAAUUGGAACUGUAAAAUGCUGGCUGGAAUCAAAAAACCUAAGGUAAAUUCUGGAAUAGAUUUCCUGUGUCAAAAUAGAUUUCCUCUGUCAAAAUAAUUAUGCUAUAGAACCAGAACUUAUGGGGUUUUGUGUUGCAUAACUUCUUUUAAUAGACAAGAAAUAUCUUAUAAAAGUUAUCAUAAGCCACUUACCUUUCAAAAUUUUUAGCUCAGGGUAUGUAAAAUAAAAUGUCACAUAAAGCUAUGGGUGUGCCUCACCUUAACAUCAAGCCUUACAUAAAAAUGUUUCUCCAGUCUUCAAAAGAAUAUAAUAAAUAAUUGAAUUAAAGGUUUUCAGUAGUUCAUAGAUCCUUAUGUGUGUAUUUAUUUUGCCAAUCUAGGUAGCUUGUUGCUUAA